AUGCAGGUGGUGGCCAGCGAUGUGGCUGAGACCAUUCCAGGAGUGACGCAGGAGCUCGCCUGUGGCUUCCUGAUGGAUUUGCUAGAGCAGGUGGUCUUGGGUCAGCUGGAGCCUGGAAAGCUGGACACUGCACUGGCUGCAGCAGGCCUAACAAAGCACAAGGCUGCCAGUCUACCACUCAUGAUCGCCGAUGCCGUCUGGAUGGCCUGGGCCGAGCUGGAGCUGGAGGAGGACCCAGAAAAGCGGUCGCGCUUGAGGGAUGCUGUGCAGCAGCUCCUGCGUAACGAGCUGGUGACCAGGAAGUGUCUGAUGAUGACGGGUGAGGGCGAGUUCCUGGAGGAGGUUGGGCUGGUCGUUUCACGAGACGCUUGGCGCCGAAAGGAGAUUCGGACCAACACCAAGCACGUCUACCAACAGCGCAAGUACAACCUGCUGCGGGAGGAGAGCGAGGGCUGGGCGAAGCUCGUGACGCUGCUGAACCAGUCCGGGGCGGGGAAGGUCACCGAGGCAAAUGCGGGCGCCGUGGCCCCGGAGACUAAGCAGCUGGCCCUGCCCCUGCUAAUCCUGCUGGCGCAGCAGAAGCGACUGAUCACGCUGCAGGCAGGCUACUCGCACCUCAAGCUGGUGGCGGAGCUGUACGACAGCUGCCAGGAGACGCUGCUGCAGUACAUCGACUUCCUGCAGACGGCCCAGACCCCGACCCAGUACGCUGCCUUGCUGCCAUCCAUCCAGAGCAUGGUAGAUGACUACCUGAUCGAGCCGGAAGUGGUGUUCCAGCUGGUGCGCCCAAUGGUGAAGGCAGCUGCUGUCCCUCCCCGCGCGGCAUUGGCGCCGUCUGCCGCUGCGAGCACUGCGGCCGGGGAGGAGGGGGAGCUGGAGGAAGGGGAGGCCGGCCCGACGGAGGCUGGCCCGAUGGAGGCGGACAGCGCCGCGGAGGAGGGCGCGCUGCCAGUCGCAAACGGCGCGCUGCCAGUCGCAAACAGCGCGCUGCCAGUCGCAAACAGCGCGCUGCCAGUCGCAAACGGCGCGCUGCCAGUCGCAAACGGCGCGGCCGCCGGCGUCGGUGGCACCCUGGCCGGCAUCUUGCCGGAGGUGGAGCGGCUGAUGGCGAGCCAGGCCACGUUCAGGGCCCUCUCUCCGCUCCUGUACGCCGUCUUCUGGACCCGCACCCUGGACGAGCUGGAGCUGCCACACGACAGGUGGGGCCGCUUGAUGAGACGUCAUUGA